AGCAUGUAUCGUUCUUAAACAAUAAAUACAUAUUGGUUGUAAAAAAUGUGGGACAAAUUGUGGAUGAUUCUAGCCGUGAUUGUGUUUACUUAUCUUUCGAAAAAGAUAAAGACCAGUGAAUCGAGCAAAUUUAUUUUUUAUUUCAAAUUCUCUAUCUUCUAUUUCUAUGGAUCUCUUAUGGCUUGCGUUGUCUGGCCGUUAUUUUUAUUUAGUCCAAAAAAUCUUAAAAACGCCGCACUUGGUGCUUGGCUGAUUAAGCCUGUAACUAAAAUAUAUGGGUUAAAAUGGCAUCUGCGCAAUGGUGAAGUGUUAUCUAAAGAGGAAGGGGCCGUAAUUAUUUCAAAUCAUCAGUCGUCUCUUGAUAUUUUAGGUCUCUUUAACAUUUGGAACGCUGUUGGUAAACUGGCGCCUAUCGCUAAGAAGGAAUUGUUCUACGUAUGGCCCUUCGGAUUAGCAGCCUAUCUCGCGGGAGUAGUAUUCAUAGAUAGGAAAAACGCAAGAGAUGCAUAUGAACAACUUCAAAUUACAUCAGAUGUCAUGGUUAAGAAUAAGACAAAAAUGUGGCUAUUUCCUGAAGGUACGAGGAAUAAAGAAAACGACACUCUUUUGCCUUUUAAAAAAGGAGCAUUUGCUAUUGCAGUGGCCGCACAAAGACCAAUCAUACCUGUAGUCUUUUCUCCAUACUAUUUCAUAAACGAAAAGAAAUAUAUAUUUAACACAGGACACAUAGUAAUCCAGUGCUUAGAGCCCGUGGCAACAGAGGGAUUGACAAUGGAGGACGUCCCGGAUCUUGUGGAACGAGUAAGGAAUCAAAUGGAUAAAAAAUACAAAGAACUCAUGAAAGAAGUUUUGAGUGGUUUACCGAAUGACUACCCACACGCUUUCAAAAAACACAAAAUGGUAGGUUUAUGCGGCAUCCAUAAUAAACGAAAUUUAAAUAUGUGGGACAAAAUUGUUUACAUUUUUAUCAUAACAGUGGCUACGUAUAUUUUGAAACAGCUUUUUUCUGAAACACCUAAUAAUGUAAAGUUUCAAUCUAAAUUUCUCGUCUUUUACAUUUGGACAUCAAUAAUAGCUUUGUUACUGUUGCCAUUUUUCGUAUUCAACCCUAAAAAUGUUAAGAAUUCAUUAUUUGGGGUGCAAAUAAUUAAACAUGUGACUAAGCUUAUAGAAGUAAAAUGGCACUUAAGGAAUGGUAAAGUCCUUGUUGAAGAUAGAGGUGCUGUGAUUGUAUCAAAUCAUCAGUCUUCUCUCGAUAUAUUGGGCUUGUUCAACAUAUGGCAUGUUGCUGUCAAAAUAGCAGCAGUUGCGAGAAAGGAGUUAUUUUAUGUUAUGCCGUUUGGCUUAUCUGCAUAUCUAGCUGGUGUUGUUUUCAUUGAUAGAAAUAAUUCAAAAGAUGCAUACAGGACUCUAAAAGCCACAUCUGAAGUUAUGAUCAAAAACAAGACAAAACUAUGGCUGUUUCCUGAAGGGACAAGGAACAAAGAUUUCACAAAACUACUGCCAUUCAAGAAAGGCGCCUUUAACAUAGCCGUGGCAGCGCAAGUUCCCAUCAUUCCAGUUGUGAUCUCACCAUACUAUUUCAUUAAUAGUAAAAAAUAUAUAUUUAACAAAGGUCACGCAAUCAUACAGUGCCUAGAGCCGGUGCCGACCGAAGGUUUGACAAUGGAAGAUGUGCCCGAACUUAAGGAUAAAGUUCAAGAUAUCAUGGAGCGUGCCUACAAGGAGUUGUCGAAGGAAGUCUUGAGCGCUUUACCACCGAACUACCCACUAGCUACACAGGACUGAAUGAGACGGUAAUAAAAUGCACUACCUGUGUCUAAUAAUAUCCAGUAUCUAAUAAUAAGCAGUCGAAACUAGUUUGAUCCAGUAAAUCAUAAUAAAACAUCAGAGAAAUGCUAUUUAUAUAGAUUUAAUUGUUCACGCAUCAAUACAAUAACAAAUUGUACUACUAAAAUUUUAAUGCAAUUUAUGUGUUAGAGAUACAAUUAUAAUAUUAUAAUCCAAAUAUUUUUAUCGGAUUUAUACUGCAUUUGUCGAACAAUGGAAGGAAAUGUGAAUAGAAACGCUUAAUACUAUUUUGCUUUGCAUAGUAUGAAUAAGUUGCGUCACAUCUAUGUAAAUCGUAUAUGUGAAAAUAUAGUCACCGAUUCCCAUAUUAUAUUUUUGUAAUGGAGCAUAAAAUAUAUUUUUUUAAAUGUGAUCAAGUUUCCAAGGGAUUUA